AUGAGUCGCUUCCGUCGUCGCUUAGAUUCCGCACUAAAAAAGUUGUGUCCCCGGAGGUCCAUCUUCUGUGGUGCUAUCGUCCUGUUAGUGGUCGUCAUCUUGCUCUGGUAUUUCUUAUAUUACAAGUGUCCAUUUGGGAAGUCAUGUGGACCGGGUGGGAAGUGUCUGGGCACCAGCCGGUGGUGUGAUGGUGUACAGGACUGUUCAAACGGAGAAGAUGAGUCCCAAUGCUUUCGCCUGCAGGGGAUUGAUUUCCUGCUGCAAAGUUAUUCAUCAGACGACGAUGCCUGGUUGCCUGUAUGUGCUGAGAACUGGAAUGACAGCUACGGGAGUACUGUGUGUGUGCAGAUGGGCUACGACAGCAAGUUUUAUGAGAGCUCUACUCAAGUCAGCUUUCACACCUCAGCCCCAGAGGGAUACCUGAAGCUAAAGUCUGGAAGUAGCUAUAAAUCCCCGAUACAGACACAGCUCAUGCACAGCCCAGAGUGCUCAGUCAGAGUUGUUAAACUGCAUUGCAUUGAAUGUGGCAAGAGUUUUGCAGCUCCCAGCAGUCGCAUCAUGGGCGGCUCUGAGGCGGUGAAAGGAGCUUGGCCGUGGCAAGUCAGCCUCCAGGUUUACUAUCAGCAUGUGUGCGGCGGCUCCAUCAUCAGCCCAUACUGGAUCCUGACUGCAGCGCACUGCUUCCAAACACUUUCUGAUCCUGAAUUAUGGACGGUAGCCUAUGGGGAUGUGCAUUUGUCAAACCUGCCAACUAGAAGGUCAGCUAAGAGAAUCGUUAGGCAUAAGAAAUUUGACCCUAAGACCAAUGACUUCGACAUUGCGUUGCUAAAACUCAGUAAGCCCAUCAUUUUCAAACAAAGAACAGUGAGACCACUGUGUCUCCCCAAUGUUGGGCUUCAAAUACAUAGCAGCAAUGGAUCCUGGAUCACUGGAUGGGGGCAGUUGUAUUCAUCUGGUCCAUCUCCUGAUACACUACAUCAAGCUCCAGUUACCAUUUAUCUGCCACAGAUAUGUAAUCAUCCUUACGUGUUGAAUGGGAGGGUAACUGAGACCAUGUUCUGCGCAGGCAAUCUGCGAGGAGGCGUCGAUACCUGCCAAGGUGACAGUGGAGGACCUCUGGUGGUUAACUCAGGAAAUGUAUGGUGGCUGAUAGGGGUCACUAGCUGGGGCUAUGGAUGUGGUUUGAGGACCAAGCCAGGAUUGUAUGGCAAUAUAUCUUUCUUUAUGGAGUGGAUACAGAAACAAAUGCAGGAUGAGUGGAAAGUAGAAGAGUGAGGUCCCUACCAAUGCACUUUGAG